GUUAAAGAAUAUAAUUUCCAGAUUAAGCAACAUUGCUUGACUGGCGUUUGGUGAGAAGUAGAUUAUGUUGUAUGGUACACAGCGUUGGCACAUGAUAGUUUACUCCAUGUAUUACUCAAUGCCUCUACCUGCAUCAAUUUUGCAUGUGCAGUGCACUUAUGAAAAUAACUUUUCAAACUGCUGCGGGAGAUACAAUAAACUGCAUGCUUAAGCUAGGGGAAUGACUGUUUAGAAAUUUUGAGGUAUAAGGCAAUGCUCGGUAGCAAGCACCUUAUGCUCUGUUUUGAUGUCUCUUCUGUCUGGCAAGAGAUUCGGACCUCUACCAGCUCCAUGACAUCAGUCCCAAAGCCUUUGAAAUUUCUCCGGCCACAUUACGGAACACUGAAAGCAUAUUAUGAGACUAUGGGUGAUUCAGAUUUGAAGAAAUACUUGGCUGAUAUCCUCUCUGUCUUGGCCCUGACCAUGUCCGCUGAGGGUGAACGGGAGAGCUUGAAGUAUAGAUUGCUGGGUUCCGAGGGUGAUAUUGGUUCAUGGGGCCAUGAAUAUGUCAGGAAUUUGGCGGGAGAAAUUGCACAAGAAUAUGCAAAGCGACAGAGUGAAGAAGCUGGAAUUGAUGAUCUGAUGGAGCUUCACAAUGCUGAACCUGAAGCAGUGGACCUUUUGAUGGAGGUGGAAGACCUCGAUCUUUUGAUUGAGCAUGCGGACAAUACUAACUUUAAGAGAACCUGUCUCUACCUCACCAGUGCUGCAAAAUACCUUCCCGGUCCUGAUGAUUUGUUAGUCUUGGAUAUUGCAUAUAUGAUAGACAUAAAAUUUGAGGAGUAUGCAAACGCACUUCAAAUUGCCUUGUACCUUGACAACCUACAGUAUGUGAAGCAGGUUUUCACUGCCUGUGAUGAUGUCCUACGGAAGAAGCAAUUUUGUUAUAUCCUGGGUCGGCAGGGCAUAACUUUUGAGCUGGAUGAAGAGAUGUGUGCUGAUGAUGAGGAAAGAUAUGCAAUGCAAGACAUCAUUAACAAUGCAAAGUUGAGUGAAGGUUAUCUUGCACUUGCACGUGAUAUUGAAGUCAUGGAGGCGAAAUCUACUGAAGAUAUAUAUAAGGCAUACUUACUUGAUGGCCGGGCUAGUGCUGGAGCUAGUGUUGAUUCUGCACGACAAAAUUUGGCUGCUACAUUUGUCAAUGCAUUUGUAAACGCAGGCUUUGGUCAGGACAAGUUGAUGACUGUUCCAUCUGACGCCGCAACUGGGGGUUCCUCUGGAAAUGGGCUUUUCAAGAAUAAAGAGCAUGGGAAGGCUAGUGGUGCAGCAAGUCUGGGCAUGAUUUUGUUGUGGGAUGUUGAUUCUAGUCUUGCUCAAAUCGACAAGUAUUUCCAUAGCAAUGAUAACUAUGUGAUUGCUGGUGCUCUAUUGGGAGUUGGAAUCGUCAACUGUAGCGUGAAAAAUGAUUGUGAUCCCGCUUUGGCUCUUUUGGCUGAUUAUGUAGAUAAGGAAGAUCCUUUUAUUCGAAUCGGUGCCAUUAUGGGCUUGGGAGUUGCAUAUGCUGGAGCUCAAAAUGAGCAGAUACGUGGGAAACUGAUGCCCAUACUUGGCGAUUCCAAAACUCCACUCGACGUAGUAGCUUUCACUUCAAUUUCCUUGGGAAGUGAGGCAGAGUUGCAGGAUCCUCUUACAAAAAUUUUGCCACUUGGUCUUGGUCUGUUAUACCUUGGGAAGCAGGAAAGUGUAGAAGCUACAGCUGAGGUCUCAAAGACAUUUAACGAGAAGAUCAGAAAGUACUGUGAUAUUACCCUACUUUCUUGUGCCUACGCUGGGUCAGGGAAUGUUCUGAAGGUUCAAAACCUCCCUGGGAAUUGUGCUCAGCAUUUGGAGAAGGGUGAAAACUACCAGGGACCUGCGGUGCUUGGAAUAGCAAUGGUGUCUAUGGCUGAGGAAUUGGGACUUGACAUGGCAAUUCGAACUUUGGAGCAUCUUUUGCAAUAUGGGGAACAGAACAUCCGGCGAUCAGUUCCUCUGGCUCUUGCCCUUCUAUGCAUAUCGAAUCCAAAGGUCAAUGUGAUGGAUACGCUAAGCAGACUUAGUCAUGACACGGAUUCAGAAGUUGUAUCAGCUGCAAUUAUUUCCCUUGGGCUGAUAGGUGCCGGGACGAAUAAUGCACGAAUUGCUGGCAUGCUUCGCAAUCUUUCGAGUUAUUAUUACAAAGAUGCCACCCUUCUUUUCUGUCUAAAGGCCAAAGCUGCCAAUUUCAGUUUUCCGAAGGGUUUAGACUUUAGACAGCAUACCCUCUCUCCGCGCCCCCAUCCCCCCACCCUCGACUAGAGCAAGAGAGUCGGGUACCCUGGCCAUCUUCCUCCCAUCCCGCAGUUUAGAGUGUUCGAGACUCUUCCUUCUGCGUCAGUCAUUCUUUCCUCUCGCUUCUUCGGUUAGUAUCUUAUGUCGCUGGAAGAAGGAGUUCUGAGGAAUUGCCCUCCUCUCAUAGUAAGUCCCAGUUUCAUUCCUCGUGCUUGUCUUUCUGCAGAAUCUCGUUUUUGUUCUGCGUAUUUGAAAAUUUGAAUGCUAUGCACACAUAGAAAAAUGAACUGGCCAUGUUUUCUUGAUGCGCUGCCCGCAACCUUCAGAUGUUGCAUAGGCGCGUUCGCAUAUGGAUUUUCCCAUUGUCUUCUCUUCUUAGCUUUUUUAAAUUAUAAGGGAAGGUCAAUAUAAUUUUGACUGUUGA